AGAAACCAUUGCACGAGUGACUGGUGGCAUGAAAGUGAAGGCGGAUCGUGAUGAGGCAUCCCCCUAUGCUGCUAUGUUGGCCGCUCAGGAUGUUGCUGAAAAGUGCAAACAAGUAGGCAUCACUGCUUUGCAUAUCAAGCUGCGUGCUACAGGUGGAACCAGGACCAAAACGCCUGGGCCUGGAGCACAGUCUGCACUGAGAGCCCUGGCACGCUCAGACAUGAAGAUUGGGCGUAUCGAGGAUGUGACACCCAUUCCAUCUGAUGGCACUCGCAGGAAAGGUGGCCGCCGAGGAAGGCGUCUGUAAUUUAAACAGGGCCCCAAUAAAGUUAUUCAUCUCCUGUA